AUGUGGGGUGACGCGCAUUCUGAUAUCACUGACUGUGGGGACACUGACUUGCCUCUCAAGAAGGGCAAACCCCUAUGCCUCAGCUUUUGCAGAGCAAGGUGUCUUUCAGGGCAAAGCGCCGACUCGCAGCUCGUGUUUUCAUCCACAAGGAACCUUAUGUUGAACAUUUGCAGAAGUUUGCAGCCACUAUACAAGAAGAUUACGAAGCAAAUCUCACCGUCCACUCGGCACCCUGUGCUCCUUGUCCAAUCUGUUUGCAAGGAGACAGGGGCAGUUCUUGCGUGCAAUGGAUGGGUGCUGUCUCUAGCCGGUUUUCGUCCUUUGCGUGUGGAUGGCAUUGAGCUAGAACUGCCGGACCUUGGUGCGCUGGUGCCUCCUUGCGAUGUGAGGUUGAAAUCGGCCAAUAUCUUCAAGUCGGUGCUUUCCACAUUCUGUUUUGCGAGUAUGGACAGAAUUGCAUUUGACAUCGCGCAAAGCCACACGGCAUAUGUGGGACCUUCUGGCACAGGCAGGCUGGAAUAUUGCUUUCAGCCCCAGUACACCCUUGCCUGGGGACAACUGACUUCUUUGCAUCUUGCCAAUCAGUUGACAUGGACUCCAGUUUGCCUCGUCGGCCACGACAAUGAUGAUGAUGGUGAUGACAACGAGGGUGAUCAGGAUGACGCUAAUGAAGAUCAGGACGGGCCAAAUGAUGAGCUUGAGGAUCUUACCAAUUUGGUGGAUGAGCUAUUGGGAGAACAAAAAACAGAGUCCAAGCAGCAGUCGAAACGGCGGUCCAAGCAGCAGUCAACACGUGGUCGAGCAGGAGGGGGACACAAAAGCGAGAAACCAGCACCGCCAAAAAGUGAGCUUGAGCAUGUAGACCCAGAGCUGGCUGAGCUGCAGCGGGAAUGGCUUCUUGCCAGAGAUCGGCAUUUGGGGCAUACUUCAGCAUGGACAUGUGACCUAGCUUCCAUGCCACCAGAUGUUGCUCAGUCAGUGGAACAGAAUCAGAAGAAGGAUACGAAGGAGGCGGCAUGGAGCAGCAAACGAGCAAAGAAGCAGCAACAUGCAACAGCGCCAUCGGCGUCGGCAUCAUCUUCAGCAGCGGACAGCUCAGGCACCGGCAGGAUGCACACAGAGGAACAUCGAGAGCCGCCCUACUUUAUGGAUGAGGAAGGACAUGUUUGGAAGCAAAGUAUUGUCAACGGACCAACAACAUAUUUGGGACGUAUCACUGAAGUGCGCAAAGGGCAGAAAGGCCAUUCUAUAGCAGUACGUUGCCAACAUCACACCAACUGCAGCGUCCUCAAGACGGCUAAUGCUUUUGCACCUCGUGGACACCUGACAUAUGACAUGCUGAUGCAGUGGCUCUUCAUUGGACCUGACCGGGUUCCUAACCGCACAGACGCAGCUGCCCACAGGACCUUGUUUCACGCAAUAGCAGCGGCUUAA